AUGCUCAAGGAGAACGACGACGUUAUUGAGGCACCCGUGAUUCCUGCCAAGAAGCAGUGGGACGAUGAGGACGCUGAUUCCGAUGACAUCAAGGAGGAUUGGGAUGCCAGCAGUGAAUCUGAGUCUGAAGAGGAGGCUAAGCCCGCCGCUGCUCCCAAGCCCAAGAUCACCUUGACCGAGAAGAUUGCCCAGCGCAAUGCUGAGGCUGAGCGCAAGAAGGAGGCCGCUGCUGCCAAGGCCGCUCUUGUCCCUGAGCGCGAGACCGAGGAGGAGAAGUUCGAGCGUCGUCAGCGUGAGAAGAACGCCAUUAUCGAGUCUGACAUUGCCAAUGCUGCCGAUCUUUUCAGCGGAGUCAAGGUUACUGAUGGUGUCGUCACUGCUGCUAGCGAUUUGGAGACCAUGAAGCCCAAGACCAAGGAUCAGUUUAACGAGUUCUCCACCCAGCUUGUUGCCCUUAUCCAGAAGCACGAGAAACAAGGAUUGUAUGUUUCGUUCUUGGAGGGACUUUUCCGUGAACUUUCCCAGGGCACCCGCGAUGUCGAUGUCCGCAAGUUUGCCAGCACCUUGACGACUCUUGCCAACGAGAAGCAGAAGGCGGCCAAGGAUGCCUUGAAGACCAAGAAGAAAGGAAGCAGCAAGCCCUCGUUGACUGCCACCAAGGUCGCUGCUACCACCGUCGACACCAGAGACUACAGUAACGACUACGAUGAGUUUGAUGACUUUAUGUAA